AGCAUUCUGCGGCGUCUCCUCGAAAUGAAUAAUUCUAGUAAUAUCGUCAAAAUUCCGGUCGGUCUAGAAGAAUUUAGCCGAAAUUACGCGGAUGUUCAUGGUUAUUUGAGUGCUGUAGUUUCGUUGUUUGGUACAUUCUCCAAUUUGGCAAAUAUAAUAGUCUUGACAAGAAAGAGUAUGAUAACAUCAUCGAAUAUAAUAUUGACGUGGCUAGCAGUAGCUGAUCUUCUAACGAUGGUUACUUAUUUACCAAGUUCUCUACACUUUUAUAUACUCAAACCAUCGAAUCUGCCGUUUCCGUCCUCUUAUUCAAUGUCAUGGCAAUUUUAUAUGCUCUUCCAAAUAAACUUUAGCGUAGUUUGCCAUACUAUAGCAAUUUGGUUAACUAUAAAUUUGGCUAUAUUUCGUUACCUUUACAUAAGAUUUCCAACCAGCGGAGUAAUAUUAUGUUCACUUAGAAGAGCGAAAUAUACAACAGGCGCUAUUUAUAUUCUAACGAGCGCAAUUUGCAUACCUAAUUGUUUACAGACGUUUGUUAAACGCUACGUUGACGAAAACAACGAAAUCUAUUACGGAUUUGGAGACGGUAUUAACGAAGUAAAAAAUUUAAAUUUUUGGAUUCAAGCUAUUCUCAUUAAGUUAGUACCUUGUUGUUUGCUUACUGUUCUCACCGUCCUACUCAUAAUUGAAAUGAAAAAAGCGGCCAAUAGAAGAGCUCAAUUGAAACAACAAGGUAGAAGAGCCGAGUCGGAUAGGGCUAGAGAGCACAAUAGAACAACUGCAAUGCUCUUUGCCGUUGUCGUCCUAUUCCUUCUUACAGAAUUGCCUCAGGGUAUUCUAACGCUUUGUUCCGCUUUCGAUUCAACUUUCUUUGCCCGAAUUUACCAACCGCUUGGUGAUCUCUUAGAUAUUACAGCUUUAUUAAAUAAUUCUAUUAAUUUUGUUCUCUAUUGCACCAUGUCGACUCAGUUCAGGAAGACUUUUACGGAAAUAUUUUGCAUUAAAACUAGAGCAGGCUGGUCAAAAGUUCCAAGGCAGGAAACUAAUCGUAAGACUGCAACAACUUCACUAUAG